AUGGGUAGCGUUUUCUCAGUCUCAGUCUCAUCUUCAUUUGAUCCUGUUCUUUCUCGUUUUUUAGAUUGCACUAUAAGAAGGGCAAAACACGUUCGCGAACUCAAAGAUAAUCUCAAAGCCUUGGAGACUGAAUUGCAACAAUUAAUUCAAACCAAAAAUGAUGUUACGAGGAGGGUUCGCGUUGAUGAACAAAACCAGAUGAAACGGAUGGACCGUGUUCAAGGUUGGCUUCAAGAGGUGCAAGAUGCAGAAGCCGAAGUUGAUGAACUACUUCAACUCAAAUCUCAACAAACUGACAAAUUAUGUCUUGGAGGCUACUGUUCCAAGAACUGCAAGUCAAGCUAUGAGUAUGGAAAACAAGUGGCUGAAAAGCUGAAAGAUGUGGCUGAUCUAAGGCGUGAGGGAGCUGCUUUCCAACAGGUAGCUGAGAGGGUACCAGAUGAUGUUGCAGAUGAAAUUCCUCUUGAAUCAACAAUACUCGGAUUGGAAUCCACAUUUGAUAAAGUUUGGAAAUGCCUCGUUGGAGAAGAAGUGGGAAUCAUUGGCAUAUACGGCACCGGGGGAAUUGGCAAAACAACCUUACUAAAACAAAUCAACAAUAAGUUCUGCAAUGAGCUUCAAAGUUUUGAUGUUGUUAUUUGGGUGGUGGUAUCUAGAGUUCCAGAUUUUGAAAAGAUUCAAGAAGACAUUGGGGAAAAGAUAGGUUUAAAGGGGGAAUCUUGGAAGACAAGAAGUCUUCAAAAGAAAGCUGGGGAUAUCUUCAAGAUAUUAAGUAGCAAGAAGUUUGUUUUAUUUCUGGAUGAUAUAUGGAGCCGGAUUAAUUUAACUGACGUGGGUGUCCCUAUUCCAAACUCAAAAUCUGUAUCGAAAGUAGUGUUCACAACUCGGUCUUUUGAAGUUUGCGGCUCCAUGAAAGCUGACAAGCAUUUCAAAGUGGAGUAUUUGAGAGAUGAGGAAGCUUGGAAAUUGUUUGAGGAGAAUCUACAAAGUGAAGUUUUGGACCAUCCUGAUAUUCCUCAAUUAGCAAAAGUUGUAGCCAAAGAGUGUGGCGGACUACCCCUUGCGCUAUUAACUGUUAGUCGAGCCAUGUCUUGCAAGAACACACCUCAAGAAUGGAGGCAUGCAGCAAAUUUGUUAAGGAACUCAGCAUCUCAAUUUGCAGAAGAUUUUCCGAUUAGUAAACAGCAAUUGAUAGACUGUUGGAUAGGUGAGGGUUUUUUGGAUGACUCCAAUAGAAGUGAAGUAUAUGACGAGGGAUAUUAUAAUAUUGGUAUCCUUGUUCAUGCAUGUUUAUUGGAAGAAGAAAAAGAUAAGGAAGAUGACAAAGGAGAUUACUUUGUAAAAUUGCAUGAUGUGAUACGUGACAUGCUUUUAUGGAUAGCUAAUGAUAUUGAGAAGGAAAAAGAAAAUUAUUUAGUUGAAGCAGCCACUGGAUUAACUCAAGCACCAGUGAUUGGAAAAUGGGUUGGAGUACGUUAG